UUGUCAUUAUCCUUGGGCUGGGUCAUAGUGCGCGUGUUACCCAAUUUGGCCUCCGGAAAAAAACAAGUAGAGGACCGUCAGUGGUUCUCCAUCUCCGUGCUUGCCAACAAGCCAACACAGACAUUUAGCUUAGACCUAUGUGGGUUGGUGCCCUGCAGGACUAAAAGUGAACUGAAUCAAACUAAACGGAACCUAGAGAGAGAAAGGAGAUUCCAGGGUCAGGCGUUAGUAUUACAAUUGCAUGGUAGGGAAGGCAUACAUAGGCCUCCAGCCCCUGGGGUCCAGGCUAUGGUGUCAGUUGUCCGUGAUCCCAUUACCCCUGGACAAGAUUGUGGGCGGAAUCAGUGCAAUCCGCUCUACCUGACCAUAAAGAACUUGGGAGAUAAUGGGGCGAGCCUUAAUGGAACAAUCCUGGGUAUUAGAGUUGGGGGCCAUACAGGACAGGAGGGAGUGCAGCUGUGCUGCACGUAUAUCACGGUCAUUGAAGCUGAGUCUGGGGGCUCAUCCGCCACCGAUGAGCAGGGAAAGAUUAGAAUAAUUGAGGUGACGGAUUUGGAAAAGACCUUUGAAAUAGAAACGGGAUACGGGGAGGCGAAUGCCUGGAUGGAAUGGGUCAAAUAUACUGUGAGGAGCAUGAAAAAGAGUGAUUGCUACGCAUGCACGGGUGCCCGCCCUAACCCUCAGGUGGUCCCAUUCCCGCUGGGAUGGGAGAAACACCCACGAGCCUUGGACUGCAUGAUAAGGUUGUACCAGGACCGAGAGGCCUGGAACGACCCCACUUGUCGACCCUUAAGUUUGAAGUUUCCCCCCGUCAGGUCUGAGGGGGCGCCCCGCCCGCCAUCAUUCUCGGGGGUAACGGGUACGCACCAGGCCUACGUCUCUCGGAUGGGACUACAGUGGGACAACGAUGUGGGGACAUUUGACAAGUGCAGCGGAUCAAAUCGGCUGGUCAAUGAAACUACUGGGGGCGGGAAUUACUCCCACAUUCAUGUGCCUAGGGCAGACCUCUGGUGGUACUGUGGUGGGAGAGUUCUGCGACAGACCCUGCCCCGAAAAUGGACGGGCACUUGUGCAAUCGUUCAAUUGGCCAUCCCAUUCACCCUGGCAUUCGAAAAACAAGAGCAACCCCGUUCCAGUGGAAGAACUGAGAGAGCUUUGGGGACCUCUUUCGAUGAUAACAUAUAUUAAGAUGCCAUAGGAGUCCCCAGGGGUGUUCCUGACGAGUACAAGGCUUGGAACCAGAUAGCGGCGGGUUUUGAGUCGUCACUGUUCUGGUGGGUGACCAUCAAUAAGAACGUGGAUUGGAUUAAUUAUAUUUACUACAAUCAGCAGAGGUUCAUUAAUUAUACCCGGGAUGCAGUGAAAGGAAUAACAGAACAACUGGACGCCACUAGUAGGAUGGCGUGGGAAAAUAGGUUGGCCUUAGACAUGAUGUUGGCAGAGAAGGGGGGUGUUUGUGUCAUGAUAGGCACUCAGUGCUGCACUUUCAUCCCCAACAACACAGCCCCUGAUGGGUCCAUCACCCGCGCCCUGGAUGGACUCACCACAUUGGCGGACGAACUGGCCGAAAACUCGGGUAUCGACUCUGGCCUCACGGACUGGUUGGAAGCUUGGUUUGGUAAAUGGACGGGGGUAGUCGUUCCCUUUCUUGUCUCAUGUAUAGUGGUGGCAGGGGUACUCACUGCCCUUGGGUGUUGUGUUAUUCCCUGCGUCCGGGGAUUAACGCAACGACUGAUCGAAACCGCCCUUACGAAGGGGGAUGUUCCCUAUGGGCAG